CCCGCCAUACCAUCCCGCCUUAGGCGCCACUUUAGGGGGGGGGGGGGGCUAUCUGGGAACGGAGUCGUUGUCAGGAGGGUGUGCACGAGUCCGGGGGUCGGUGAAAGCAGGACAAGACGGAGAGGGCGACGAAAAAAUUUCCGCACAUACUUACUCACGGAUAUCCCAUGUUGUUGACGGCUCGCAACCCUGUCCCUCGAUUGACAGGCCAUCUACCUGGCCUUGGGCGGACAAAGCUUCUCAGCUUGCCUUCUUCCUUUAGUAAUAACUUGUACGUGCGGCCUUCGUUAUCGCAGCUGGUCGAAUCGGUCGGCCGCCGAUAGGAGGUAGGUAGGCAGGCAGCUCGACAUGUCCUGUAGACGAUUACGAGGGUAACGAUAACAAACCUCUUAAAUCCCCCGACAAGGCUGCACGGCGCGGUCCUCGCUUGCCUGCAGCUCGAUAUGUAUAUGUAUAUCACUGAGUUGUCUCACUGAGUGUUCAUCGUAUCCCGCCUACCAUCCAAUAUACUUUACCACCAUCACGCUUUCUGCUCAGCCUAGGGGCUACACAGGUCCAUUGCCUACCUGCCGAGACAGACAUCUCCUCCCUUGGGUAUUUAACGUCAUCAUGGACGAGGACCAAGGUCCGUCCCAGAUCGCGCCCCAUCCGGCCCCGAAGCGGACGGCUGGCGACCGCGUUGCUGGUAUGCGAAGGACCUUUUUCACAAGACAGGGCCUUCUCGGCGACUAUGACUACGCCUUCCUCCUUCGGCCGAAUCUGCCAUUUAUGAAGAAAUCUCAGCGGGCCUCGCCUUUUUUCGGCCUGAAUGACCGGAUGCCGGUAGUCUUGGCGCUCCUCCUCGGUCUCCAGCAUGCUCUGGCUAUGUUGGCCGGUGUCAUCACCCCUCCCAUCCUCAUGUCUGGACAAGCCGGCGUUAACCUGCCCCCCGACAUGCAGCAAUACCUCGUUUCCACUGCCCUGAUCGUGUCCGGCAUACUCUCCACCAUCCAGAUCACCAGGUUCCACAUUUACAAGACACCCUACUACGUCGGCACGGGCCUGAUCUCCGUUGUCGGUAUCUCGUUCUCUAUUAUUCCCGUCGCGCAGGGGGCAUUUUCGCAAAUGUAUGCCAACGGAUUUUGCCCGACGGAUGACAAUGGCACGAAGCUACCAUGUCCAGACGCCUACGGGGCCCUCAUCGGAACCGCCGCAGUUUGCGCUCUCCUCGAAGUUCUCAUCUCCUUCAUGCCCCCGAGGGUUAUGCUUAGGAUAUUUCCUCCCAUCGUUACCGGGCCGACGGUGAUGUUGAUCGGUUUCCACCUAGUCGAGACGGGAUUCAAGAAUUGGGCCGGCGGGAGCGGCCCUUGCUCGGACGCGACACAUACCGCUUUCUUCGACCUCUGCCCGAACGUCGGGGCUCCCCAUGCCUUGCCAUGGGGCUCCCCCGAGUAUCUCGGCCUCGGCUUUUCCGUGUUCCUCACCAUCAUCCUGUGUGAACGGUUCGGAUCUCCGAUCAUGAAGUCUACCAGCGUCAUUAUGGGCCUCCUGGUGGGUUGCAUUAUCGCCGCAGCCACUGGCUACUUUGACCGUUCGGGAAUCGACGCCGCACCAGUCGCCUCAUUCGUCUGGGUCCGCACGUUCAAGUUGACCGUGUACGGGCCUCUGGUGCUACCGGUACUGGCGGUAUUCAUAAUCUGCGCGUGCGAGGCUGUCGGAGAUAUCACCGCCACCUGCGAUGUAUCGCGCCUCGAAGUGGAGGGCAGGAACUACGAGUCCCGCAUCCAAGGGGGUGUAUUAGCUGAUGGUCUAAACGGAAUCCUCGCCGCUCUAAUGACUAUCACGCCCAUGUCAACCUUCGCGCAGAACAACGGGGUGAUCGCACUAACACGCUGUGCCAACCGCACGGCUGGAUACUGCUGCUGCAUUUUCUUGAUUAUCAUGGGUGUCUUCGCGAAAUUCGCUGCGGCUCUGGUGGCUAUUCCAUCGGCCGUACUCGGCGGGAUGACAACGUUCCUCUUUUGUGCCGUGUCCGUGUCGGGUAUUGCAAUCAUCACAAAAGGAGUCCCGUUUAAUCGUCGAAACAGAUUCAUCUUGACCGCCGGGUUAUCUAUCGGCUUUGGGGCAACCUUGGUUCCGAACUACUUCUCCAACGUCUUCAGCUACAGCGGCGACAACAGGAAUCUUCAGGGAUUCCUCGAUGCUAUCGUCCUAAUUAUGGAAACCGGCUUCACGGUCACUGCCUUCAUCUGCAUGGUUCUCAACCUUACGUUGGAAGAGGAGAUGGAAGAGACAGAUGAAAAGCUAGUUGCCGUCGAGGAAUCCAGCGCAACUAAGAAGUCACCCAACACACAGAGCGUCAACAGCGACGGGAUCAUUCCCGCCCACGAAAAGGAGGUGUAGCACCGAGCGAGCCGAUAACGGCUUCAAUAGCGAGUUGUCAAUCGCGACUUGAAAUACCAACCGUUGCAUUUAUUACCCCAGGAUAUAAAAACCUAAAGGCGAUAUACAAGUCGGCGAACCCGCUGCCUGCUCCCCCGUCGCCGAGGCUAUGUCGGCGGGGAUGUUAAGUAGAGCGAUCGAUUUACCUAGGCCACGUAUUUAAAAGACCAACAGAGCGCCUGCGACCUCGUCGUCGUAGACAUUCCGUAUACCUAGGUAGAACGCACCCAAUCAGUAGGUAGGUCAGGUAGGUAACUUAAGAUAGCAACUCUCCCUAAAGGCUGCGGUGUGUACAUUUUGUUGAUGGCACCACCCAUACUCGGUUCCUACCGGUUAGGCUAGGUUUCUUCCCCCUCUAAAUUUGUAGAGCGGACAAGCUCAUUAGGCCCCUAGCCUUGGGUAUCAGGUACCGCAUGUGAUAUCACGUUAGGUACCUCCUAACCUAACUUAGUACAUCAGGUACCUAACAUGUACUAUAACAGGACGGGUGCGGUUUAUCGGUACCCCCACCCCCCUAUAUAGGUGGUAGCAGCUAGAUGGGGUGUAAAUCGUGCUUGAUUUCUAAAACUUCCUAUCUAGGGCAUCCCUAUUAGGUAAUACCUUUUAAGUCUCGAGGGUUGCUUAUAUAAUAUAUAUUACAUAAUAAAG